AUGGCGACGGAUCAAAUAAUUCUGAGUUGCUCGUGUUUGACAAAUUCCAGUUCAAAAUCCGAGAAUAAAAACGACCAAAUCAAUAGAUUAUGUUCAAGAAACAACUUGCUUGUCGCCUGUGGCCCUCAGUUCUCGUGGAAGGGAAGUAUAGAUGAAUUAAAGCAUUUUACGUGUGAUGUUUUGAAGCUGAUGGGGAAAUGGAAAUCACCAGGCGGUGAUGUAAAAUUAUUUACUAGUUCAAAUGAGGAAUUGGUCUUCAAAUGGCAGGGUUUGAAGAGAAAGAAGAUCGAGAUUCUAAAAGAUCGUAACAAUGAACUUUUAAUUAGCCUGAAGUGCCAUGCUCAUGAUGAAACUAAAGCGACGGACAACAAAAUUCUCGAAGAAACGAUCGACCACAUGUGUGCUGCCAUGUCGUUGCCUCUGCCUUCUCCAACGUGUAGUGAGUGCGGUAAACAUGCAUUUUAUCCCAACGAACUUGAAAGAGAAGCCAAUUUCGAACUGGUAUUCGCUCGACUUAGUAAACUUGAAGAAAAACCGCAGAAUGAAACGACGACGGAAGCAUCACUG